AUGUCGCGCCCACAGGGCUCUCACUCUCACUCCAAGUUCGCCGAUUUCUUCCCAACCGCACCCAGCGUCCAGCAACGGAAAUCUUCCAAGUUGCUGGAUCUCGACCGAUCCCGGCUGCGCCGUCCUGACGAUCGCGCAGAAGAUGCCAACGCGAAAGAGAAUUCUGCUCAACUCUUUCUAACCUCACCUGCUCCCACGUACCGCCCACAAAUACCCGCCAAACAGGACAACUUGGCAAAGACUGCUGCCGUCGUUGUGGUUCCGGAGGACAGUGACCAGUACGCAGGCGACCUUCUCAAUGGUGUCGGCUCAGCAAGUUCGUCUUCUACCGCUUCAUCGGUCUUUAGUGCUCCCGUCGCAAGCGCCGUCAUGCCUGGCGCAACUCAUGUCAAUUUCCACUCUUACCCCUCUCACGAACUCCGACUCUCCUCCAAAUGCAUCAAUAAUGCGUCCACGCUCCAUCAAGGUUCGAUGACGCCGCUUCACACGCCGCCGACCCAUCGAAGAUCCGCACGCGAUGCUAACGCCGAAGUCAAAGGAACCAAGUGCAUUUAUGAUCCGGAACUUGACAAGAAUCUGAACCCCAAAGACAAACGCAAGUUAAAAGCGCAGUUUGAGGAUUUUGGAGCAAAGCCCCAUGAUAACUUCCUCCCCCCCGAUCCGCGAUUGGCAAUCCCCCACUACACAAAGGGCGUCGUAGGGAAAGGAAAAGCAAAAUUUCGCCCUGCACCUUACAAUCUCAAGCCGUGGGUGCCUGAUGCUGCAACCGCGAUUGCGCCGCCGCCGCCGACCACCGUGGUCGUGACCGGCUUCGACCCCAUGACGCCGUUGUCCCAGAUCAGCGCAUUGUUUUCCAGCUUUGGCGAGAUUGAGGACUUGGACAACAAGACUGAUCCCGUCACUGGGCGGUUUCUCGGCAUCUGCAGCAUCGCCUACCAAGACUGCGCCUCCUUUCAGGGCGGGGGACCGAUCUCCGCAGUCCUCGCGGCCAAAACAGCAUAUCUUGAAGGCAAACGUGGACAAAGGAUCGGCUUGAAGACGGUGCAGGUGGCCAUUGACCGAGAUGGAUCGGUCACGGAGAAGUUGGUAGAAAAGGCAAUUGCGCUGCAUCGGAAAGAGAGUGGGUUCACAAACCAGUCACGCAUACAACCAUCUCCCUCUCCCUCGACACCCACCGCAGUCCAGUCGCCUGGAUUUGCAAAGUCGACGGGCCCACCACCAACAGCUCCAAAGGGACCGUCAGGCAAGCCGCCUUCACGGCCGCAGUCUACAUUCCCGGCUCCAUUUGGACUCCCUGUGAAGCCGGAGAGACCAAGCAAGCCCGUGGCCGCAGCCGCGUCGCUUGUCGAGACAACGCCCAUCGCUGAAACGUUGAAGAUACCUUAUAUCUUCAUUGCGCAUUGUUACGUACCAGUUAUGAGCACUACGAUCCCGCAUUUGAAGAAGAGGUUAAGAAUGUACGAUUGGCGGGAAGUUCGCUGCGACGAGACGGGAUACUUUAUCACAUUUGAACAGUCGCGGACCGGACAGAUGGAGGCUAAGAAGGUGUUUCACGGCUGUCACAUGCAGCCGUUGUUUACGUACGUGAUGAAUUUGGAAUUACACCUCAACGGGAACCACAAGGCCAUCAGUACGGCAGACACUAUACCUACAUCGACGGGGCCCGUCGAUUUCGUUUAUUCGAAGCAGGCUUAUAGGCUCAGGAAGGAGCACGAUCUUGACCUCGAGGAAGAAAAGCGACAGCGUGCGAAGGACCUAGAUCCUUCGAGGGCUGUUGUGCAGCUUGUCAUACAGGAGCUUCGGGAUAAGCUGCUGGAAGAUGUCAAGUCUCGUGUUGCUGCUCCCGUCCUCUACGACUAUCUCGAUCCGAACAGACAUGCAGAAAGGCGAAGGAUUCUCGGUGUGAGUGACCCCGACGGAGUACGGAGACAUGGGCAUGCCGAUGAAGGCUCUCAGACACCAGACUCGCGUUUCGGUACUGGGCGACGCCCGCUUGGGAACAAAAACCUCAAUAUUUUAUCACUACCGAAAAUCGGCAAGAGGCCUGGCACAGACAGAGGCAUGGUUGGCUUCCGUGAUGAGAGGAGAAAGGCUCCAACAACGAGACAUAAUGUUAGGCCACUGUUCCACCAAUUGGCCCAGUUUCACGCCGACGACGAUUCCGACGAUGAACAACGAACAUCAGUCACUCGUGACACUGAAGAUCCGGAGAGUCGCCCACCCAGCCGGAUGAGUAUGACCUCCAUGUCCGAUGAUGACGACGAACUGCUGCGCAAGGUCACGAAACGGCGCCUUCAUGCUCGGGAGGAAUCCGAGAUGGGGGACAGCGUGGCCAAAGAUGAAUUCGAUAUGAGCAAGCAAACUGCGGAAGAUCUCAUCAUUGCCAAGCUUGAAAGAAACAUUUACGAGAUGUCCCCGUCAUCUCGGAAGCGCAAGAGGCUGGUAAAGGAGCUGGAGGCUCGUAAACGUCAAAAGGCAGAUGACGAGCUGUUUGGCAUCGGCCAACAUGACUUGGACCGCGAAGGGUCGGAGGAUAUCAAAGUCGAAACUCCCAUUGAAGCGACUCCCGAUGUUGACUCGGACGCCGCCAAGGUCAAGAAGGCCAAGCCGAAGAAGAAAACCAAGAAACAGAUCCUGGAGGAGCAAGAAGCAUUCCGACGGGCGCAAGCAGAGGCCGAAGCGGCCGAAGUGGUUGAUAAUGUUCUGGAAUACGCAGAGGAGGAAGAGGCUCUCGCUGAGGCGGCCGAAUGGAGGCCCGAAGUGGAAUGGGGCGUCUCGGCCGAGGAGCCUUUGCCUACCGUUGAUGACGACGACGAUAUCAUUCCCGAUCUUCGAGGAUGGCAAGCAAGUUUGUUUGACGAAGAGGAUCUCGAAUACCUGUCAUCUGCAAUGAAGUUGAAAAACGCCAUGGACAUUGGCGAUCCGAUGGCAUGGGCAUGGAAACAAGAGCGUAUUCGAAAUCUCAAACCUGGAACUCAACCGGGUGCCCUUAGGACGGAGCCACCCAUCGAUGGUUACUAUGUGCCCAACGCCUCGGGCUCUGCAAGGACAGAACCUGUGCGAAGAAUCCUCGAGUCCGAGAAGUCUAAAUAUCUGCCACAUCGCAUCAAGGUGCAGAAGGCGAGGGAGAAGAGAGAAGCCGAAGCUAAGAAGGAUCCGGGCAAGCAGGUCGUGGAACUGCCCAAAGCUUCAUCCCGUGGUAAGCGUGCAGACGACCGACGGACUGUCAAAGACCUGGACAGACAGCGGGAGAUGUUACAGGGUAUGGGUGAAGACGCCGACGUUCUGCGGUUCAAUCAACUUCAGAAACGCAAGAAACCUGUCAAAUUCGCCAGAUCUGCCAUCCACAACUGGGGCUUGUAUUCGCUGGAACGGAUUCAAGCGAGCGAGAUGAUUAUCGAGUAUGUGGGAGAGAAGAUCCGGCAGGAAAUCGCCGAUUUGAGAGAGAUUAAGUACACAGAGAGUGGCAUUGGCAGCAGCUACCUCUUCCGGAUCGACGAAGGGACUGUCGUGGAUGCGACCAAGAAGGGUGGAAUCGCACGAUUUAUCAACCACAGCUGCUCGCCCAAUUGUACUGCCAAGAUCAUCAGGGUGGGCGGCACGAAACGGAUCGUCAUCUAUGCUCUCAGAGAUAUUGAAAAAGAUGAAGAAUUGACGUACGACUAUAAAUUCGAGCGUGAGCUCGGCAGCGACGACCGCAUCCCGUGUCUCUGUGGCUCGGCGGUCUGCAAAGGUUUCCUUAACUAA